CAAAAAUUGCGCUUUUUCCCCGCCUAAAUCGACGACUGAUCAGGCGCAGCGGGGCACAGAUCAGUGCGUGUCCGCGACUCUAGCGCGGAGGAGGUCCGGAAUCCCGAUUCCGGCGAAGAAUUCGUCGGAAAGAUACAGAUAGGAUCCCUUGAGCAUGGAGCUCUGCACGGCUUCUGUAUCAGGUUCAGCGCAGUGGUCUCAUGCAUCAACAUUUGACCGUCGACUGCGACUCCAUGGAUAUGCGAGUUCAAGUUCCUGGCUUUCAAGGAGGAGACAGACAUCCUUUCAUGUCACGAAUGCUGCGUCAACCGGUGCCCUGCCCCCUACAAAGAAGCUAACCCCACGAACUAACAGUGCAGCUUUCAGAAACGUAUCCGGUGACAAGCCCAGCAGUGCACUGGAGCAACUUGAUAUAGAGCGUGGUGUCUGUAUCCCUUUCCGGAAGUACACUCCAGAAAUGGUCAGAAAUAGAGUCUUGGGAUCAAGAGGCUCUGUACUGUCCCUCGCUAGUCGAGGAGUGGAGAUCAUUUGGAAACUUGGCCUUUACUGGUCAGCUCUAAUGUAUGACUUCUUGGUUGGGCGUGACGAGGAGAUUGUUCCAUUCCGUGCCCGCCAGCUACGCAAUCUUCUAUGUGAUUUGGGCCCUUCAUUCAUUAAAGCGGGGCAGGUUUUAGCCAACAGGCCUGAUAUAAUUCGAGAGGAUUAUAUGAAUGAACUCUGCAUCUUGCAAGAUGAUGUUCCUCCAUUUCCUAACCAGGUAGCUUUUUCCAUAAUUGAAGAGGAACUUGGACAGCCAUUAGAGAGAUUGUUCAGCAGAAUCUCAUCAAAGACAAUAGCAGCUGCGAGCUUGGGCCAAGUUUACCGUGCCACACUUAGAGAAACUGGAGAGGAUGUUGCUAUUAAGGUUCAGAGGCCAGGAAUUGAGCCCAUAAUAUAUCGAGACCUUUUCCUGUUCCGCACCCUCGCUUCCUUUUUGAAUGGAAUUAGCCUUCAAAAACUAGGCUGCAAUGCAGAGCUUAUUGUGGAUGAAUUUGGUGAAAAACUUUUGGAAGAACUGGAUUACACUCUUGAAGCUACAAACAUCGAGGACUUCUUAGAAAAUUUUAAGGAUGAUCCAACUGUCAAGAUCCCUCAAGUAUAUAAGCAGUAUUCAGGUUCUCGUGUUUUAGUAAUGGAAUGGAUAGAUGGAAUCAGAUGCACUGACCCACAGGCUAUAAAAGAAGCAGGUAUUGAUGUGGAGGGCUUUCUGACAGUUGGAGUGAGUGCAGCAUUACGUCAGUUGCUGGAAUUUGGUCUUUUCCAUGGAGAUCCACAUCCUGGAAAUAUCUUUGCGAUGCGUGAUGGCCGUAUUGCUUAUGUUGACUUUGGUAAUGUGGCUGUCCUGAGUCAGCAAAACAAACAAAUCCUGAUCGAUGCUGUCGUUCAUGCUGUAAACGAGGACUAUGCAGAAAUGGCAAAUGACUUCACAAGGCUUGGCUUUCUUGCUAGUGGAACAGAUGUAUCCCCAAUUAUACCAGCUCUGGAAGCCAUUUGGCAAAACUCAGCUGGGAAGGGCUUGGCAGACUUCAAUUUCCGGAUUGUGACCGGGAAGUUUAAUCAGCUUGUGUACAAUUACCCCAUCCGCAUCCCAGAAAGGUUUUCUUUGGUUAUCCGUUCCUUGUUGACACAAGAAGGGAUUUGCUUCACUCUGCAGCCUGAUUUUAAGUUUCUUGAGGUGGCAUAUCCAUAUGUGGCAAAGCGUCUCUUGACAGAUCCGAACCCUGCUCUACGUGAACGGCUGAUACAGGUAUUAUUCAAAGAUGGCGUGUUCCAAUGGAAACGUCUGGAAAACCUUAUAGUUCUUGCUAAGGAAAACGUGUCCAAGAUGAGUAGCAAUCCUGCGCUAAAAAAGAAUAGCUCGCAAAUUGUGACAAGUCGACAAAUGGAGAAGAAAUUAGAUCUCACUGACACAAUAAAAGAUGGAGCUCGGAUGUUCCUCGUUGAUGCUGGGAUCAGGAGACAACUUAUCAUGGCUUUCACGGAGGACUCUAAGUUGCAUGUAGAAGAGCUUGUUGAUGUAUAUAGAUUGGUUGAAGAUCAAAUUGAUAUUCCAUCGGUCGCUCUCGAAGUUCUCCAAGAUUUACCAUCCGUUGCACGCGAUUUUAUGCUUUCUUGGAGCGAUUCCAUCUUGUCAGAUCGCCAAUACUGAUCCCAGGCUAACAAUUAGAGAAGCAAACCAGCAAGCAGAGUGAAGUCAGAACCCUGCAAGACCCACUCUUACUUGAGUUAACCCAAGUUAAAAAUAGCUAGAGAUAAGGUUUCCUCAUUUUUUUUGUACACAAUUUGUUUUGCUAUUCUUUUUUUUUAAUAUAUAUUUCUACAGCUCUGUAUAUGCCAUUUGUAUAACAGAAAAAAGGAACUUGUAUAUAGAAAUGAGCUUGUAUUCUGGGAAACUUGUUAUCUGUAUACACCAAGCAAACAUACAUAAUAAGAUUAUAGGUAUAUAGUUGCAUGUUCGAUUGUUCGGUUU